UCCACCCCCUCCCACUUCCUUCCUCCUACCCGGCUCGUCUCCUCUCGCCGUCCACCCCGCUGGCGGGCGCGCGCACCUGCGCUAUAUAAGCCGCUGGCGGGCAAGCUCGUCAAUCCAAUCACCCAACCAACCGCCUCUACAAGCGCAGCCCAGAUCUCGGCUCCUUCCCUUCCUCGAACCAAGCAUCAGCAAUGGCGACCACGGCAGCCGACGCCACGGCCGCGGUUCCCAAGGAGCAGCAGCCCGCCAACGGUUCCGCGGCCGCCACCACCGGCGGCGAGCAGGUCACGCGCCACUCCGAGGUCGGACACAAGAGCCUGCUCCAGAGCGACGCCCUCUACCAGUACAUCCUGGAGACGAGCGUGUACCCGCGCGAGCACGAGUGCAUGAAGGAGCUCCGCGAGAUCACCGCCAACCACCCAUGGUAUGUGUUCGUCCAUCUCGGCUCGCCUGGAUCUGGUGUCAUCGGUUCUGAUCUGACGAUUUCUGGAUCUCGUUUGUGCGUGCGUGCGUGCAGGAACCUGAUGACGACGUCGGCGGACGAGGGCCAGUUCCUCAACAUGCUGCUCAAGCUCAUCGGCGCCAAGAAGACCAUGGAGAUCGGCGUCUACACCGGCUACUCCCUGCUCGCCACCGCGCUCGCCAUCCCCGACGACGGCACCAUCUUGGCCAUGGACAUCAACCGCGAGAACUACGAGCUGGGGCUGCCGUGCAUCGAGAAGGCCGGCGUGGCGCACAAGAUCGACUUCCGCGAGGGCCCGGCGCUGCCCGUCCUGGACGCGCUGCUGGAGGACGAGGCCAACCACGGGACCUUCGACUUCGUCUUCGUGGACGCCGACAAGGACAACUACCUCAACUACCACGAGCGCCUCAUGAAGCUCGUCAAGGUCGGCGGCCUCCUCGGCUACGACAACACCCUCUGGAACGGCUCCGUCGUGCUCCCCGCCGACGCCCCCAUGCGCAAGUACAUCCGCUACUACCGCGACUUCGUCCUCGAGCUCAACAAGGCCCUCGCCGCCGACCAGCGCGUCGAGAUCUGCCAGCUCCCCGUCGGCGACGGCAUCACCCUCUGCCGCCGCGCCAAGUGAACCAGAGAACCCAUCUCCGCCGCUCCGCCAUAGAUGCCAAGAACAAGAAUUAAUUAAUUACUCCCCAUUUUGUCUUUCCUGCUCGCCUUCUGUACUCUACAUCUAUCUUCUGCAAUUCGUAUAAAGAUUUCUCCAGACAAAUGAUUAAUAAUAGUACUCCCCCCAUAA